CCCCUUCCCCCCUCCCGGGGGCAGCGGACCCAAACAUGUCGGGAGAGAAGGCGACGAGCCCCUGCAACAAAUUUCAAGCCAACAUUUUCAACAAAAGUAAAUGUCAAAACUGCUUCAAGUCGAGGGAGCUGCAUCUGCUGACCGACAAUGGCAGGGAGCAGGCGAAGCCGCUGUACGGAGGCUGGCUGUGUUUGGCCCCCGAAGGCACGGACUUUGAAAACCCGAUGCAGAGGUCAAGGAAAUGGCAGCGGCGCUUCUUCAUCCUGUACGAACACGGCAGCCUGAGCUUCGCCCUGGAUGAACUGCCGAGCACUCUGCCGCAGGGGACGGUGAACUUGAAUCUGAGCGCGGACAUCGCCGACGCCGAGCCCCGGACGGGCCAGAGAAAUGCGCUGUGCAUCGCCACGCCGGAGCAGGAGAUCUUCAUCCGGGGCGACAACAAGGAGAUCAUCAACGGGUGGACUGAACAGCUCGCCGUCUACUUGCGGACCAGCAAGCAGAACCAGAAGAAGAGACGCAAAGUGGAGCCUGUCGCCUCCCAGGAGCCCGGUCCAGAUGAAACGUCUGCAGCGGAUCCCAGUUCUCCUUCAUCGGGUAACGGUCGCAGGCAGGAAGACCCUCAGCAGGGUGGUGGACCGGGUGAAACCCCCACGUGGCCUGUGCCUGACUCCGAUCCCGGGGGCCUGGAGGAGACCCCUGCAGGCAGCGCUCGCAGCCACCUGAGCCCUGCCUCGUUGGAUCUGGUGACCAGUGGAAGCACCGACCUCGACGGCAGAAACCAGCUCUCCGACUCAAACAAUCUCCAAAUAUCAGCCAGGAACAACAACCAGAGCCAAGACGAAAGCUGUGGCAGUCCAACAGAGAGGCUUCUGGGAUUGGAGGCAGGAACAGCUGUUUCCAGGGUGGGCAGGAGCGAGGCUCGCACCAACGGCCGAGGGCCAUGUGGAGACACGGCCCGGCUCGCCGCCCCCCCGCCCCAGAGGAGGGCCAAGUCUCUGGACCGCAGGACGUCCGACACCGUCAUGACGCCAGAUUUAUUAAACUUCAAAAAAGGCUGGAUGGUGAAAUUGGAUGAAAAUGAUCAGUGGAAGAAGUAUUGGUUCGUGCUGUCGAUGGACAGUCUGAGGUGCUACAAGGACUCCGUGGCUGAGGAGGCUUCAGACCUCGAAGGAGAAAUCGACCUGACGCAGUGUUAUAACGUGUCCGAGUACCAGGUGCAGAGGAACUACGGCUUCCAGAUCCAUACCCCAAAAGGUGUUUUCACGUUGUCAGCGAUGACCUCGGGGAUCCGUAAGAACUGGAUCCAGGCUCUGAUGAAGAGCGUCCGCCCAGCCAGAGCCCCCGAUGUGGCCAGCUCGGCCGGCCCCCGCGGCCCGCCCGAAGCUCUGCCCAAACCCGAUGUGACCCGGGACUCCGGCGCCGCGCCCCCCGAGCGAGAGCCCUGCCCCGACCGCAGGUCCAUCACGCAAAAGCGGCGGGGGGGGCGCUACAAGACCUUCGACUGGGCCGGCUUCAGGCCGCAGGGCCAGCGGGCCGCGGACCCCCCGCAGGGCCAGCGGGCCGCGGACCCCCCGCGGGCCAAAGCGCCGUGCGCGCUGGAGCUCGGCGAGCUGGAGAGGAGGAAGAGGAGGGAGGAGAGGAGGAGGCGGUACGAGAGCAUGCUGGGCUUCCCCCUGGGCUGGGAGGCGGGGCCGGACAAAGCCCCCGGCGUCAGAGCGCUGAGCCCCAAAUCCCAGCAGCGGGUGGAGGAGGAGAUCGAAGAGUGCUGGAAGCAGGUGGAGAAGACGGUGUUCCGGCUGGAGAGGAAGGCGCCGCUGAUCUCUGCAGCCGGAGGCUGUGCGGAGGCCGAGAAGCUGCUGGCCGGCUGCAUGAAGGGGGUGGAGGAUCUGAAGGCUCAGCUGGCCGAGUCGGAGCGCCAGCGACUGGACCUGGAGGCCCGGCUGGGUGCAGACGGGCUUUAUACGCAGCAGUCGCAGCCUCCUCUGACCUCCGAAGCAGAUUUCCCCUCGGACAGGAACGAGCGGCCUGUGAACGGUGAGGCCGUGGGCCCGGAAGCCCGAGAGCUCCUGCAGCAGCAGCAGCAGAACCUCAUCAACGCGCAGGAGCCAUCGACGCCUCAGACGCCCGGCGUCUGGCUGCACGACGCGGAGGGCGACUCGCGGGAGGUGGAGGAUCCGCUUGCUGAGGCUGAGGCUCUGUCGUCGUCCCCCGCAUCAGAGGAGCAGGCGUCGUUCUCUCAGAGCGACGGACCAAGUGCGGGUCCAAACGCUACAGCCAGCAACGAGGAGCCGCUGGAUCGAGUUCCCAGCCCAGAAGGUCACGCGGGGUUCAGUCCGUUGAUCCUGGAGACGCCUUCAGAGGGAGACGACGACUCGCUCGGCUGCUGCGCGGAGCUCCACUCGGCGGCGGUGCGGAGGCUGUCGCAGGAGGUGGAGCUCCUCACGGGCCAGAACGAGGCUCUCAACCGGCGCAACCAGGAGAUGCUGAACCAACUGACGGAGGCGGACCGCGAGAUCGAGAGACUGAAAGCGGAGCUCAGCAGCAGGUACACCGAACCCCACCACCUCCCCGAGGUGGAGCAGCUGGGCCGGACGAGGGUGGAGGAUCUGGAGAGCGAGCUGAGCGCCAGAGACCAGCAGCUCCUGGAGGCCCAAACCGUGAUCGCCUCCCUGGAGGAGAACCUGAAGGAGACGGAGGAGCUGCUUCAGCUGAGCGUCCCCAGGGAGGCGGAAGAGGAGAACAAGGGGUACUUGCUCCGGUGCUUCGAGGCCACCGAGGCCAAGCUGACGGAGCUGGAGAGGAAGCUCGACCGAUCCGAGCAGACCUGCAGGGAGCUCCAGGCGCAGAACGCGGCGCUGAGGGAGGCCGACGUCAGGCGGCUGAAUCAAGAGCUGGAGAUGGAGAAGACGAAAGACGGAGGGGGCAGCACGUGUGUUUCUGGAGAAGAAAGGAUCCAGGAAGUGGUAGAGGGGAUGGUCAUGAGGUUGAAAGCUUUGGAGAAACUACUGGAGGUGAUAGACAAGUUUGAUUGUGGUCUGAGGAAGGAGGAGGAGGAGGAGGAGGAGACGGUGGAGAGUCAGUUGACGUGGGAGGAAGAGUUUUGGGGUUUUCUGCUCGACAAACUGCAGGCGAAUCCUUCUGAGGAGGAACCUGUGGAGGAGCUUCUCGGCGAGGUGACGGAACGAAUGAUGGCGGAGAAACGGAUGCUGCUUUUAGGCUCUCGUCUGCUCUCUGAGAGCUCCGCCGGUGGCGGUUUGAAAGAACUGGACAUUGUCCUGAACACCGCGAGUGAGACAGAAACCAGCGAGACGUCUGAGCUGGACAACCAGCUGCACCCGAUGGAAAACUUCACAAGUGCCACACGGGUGAAGAUCUCUCUGCUGAACCGCCUCGCCGCCUCCUCGGCCCACGAGGAGCUGCAGCUGGCGGCCGACAGGCUCCACGAGCGGCGCCCGCGGCGCGGCCUCGUCGACGCCGCCGCGACCGAAGCGCUGUACUGCUGCCGACUGAGCCGGCUCCGCUCAAAGUACGAGAGGCGCCUGGAGGAGACCCGACGGAAGCUGCUCGCCUGCGGCGACUGCGGCGCCUUGUUGGAGGAGAACCGGCAGCUGAGGGAGACGAUGUCUCAGCUGGAGGCACGGCAGCCGCCUCCGGUGGAAAAGACGGACGGGUGCUGCCAGACAGAAGAGGACAAGCCAGACGUUGGGUCACGGGUCGCAGAUGGAGGCAUCACAAAUGAAGAGCAGGAGGAGGAGGAGCGCCUGGAAAGCCUACCUUCGUCUGUCGGAGGUCAGUCGGUACUCGAGGAGACAGGAGAUGGAAACACGGAGGCGGUCUUGGUGCUGAGAAGAAGGGUGGAGGAGCUGGAGGAGCAGCUGGCCGCCAUGGUGGAGAUGAAAGAAGGGCUUGAUGGCACAAUGAGUUCUGAUCGGACGCAACAUGAGACGGAGAUGGAGAAGCUGAAGGCGACGUGUGAGCGCGGCUUCGCCUCCAUGGAGGAGUCUCACGUGAAGGUCGUGGAGGAGCUGCAGCAUCGACACCAACAGGAAGUGGAGCGCCUCCUGGUGGAGAGAGACGGACUGCUGGAGGAGGAGAGCGCUGCUACGGCGACCGCAAUCGAAGCCAUCAAGAACGCUCACCGGAUGGAGCUGGAGAAGGAGGUGCAGAGGAGAUGUCAGUUACAGGACAGCACAGGAAGCACCCACGUGGAGGACGUGCACCGACAGCACAGAGAGGAGCUGGCGUCGUACCAGCGGGAGCUGGAGGUCUUGUCCCAGCAGUUCUCUCUGAAGUGUCUGGAGAACGGACACCUCGUCCAGGCUGUGGACGCCGAGAGGAAGGCGUUGUGUCAGUGCCAGCAGGAGAACCAAGACCUGAGGACCAGGAACCAGGAGUUGAGCGGUCACCUGGCAGCAGAGAUCACCAGACUGUGUUCCCUGGCGAAGCAGGACGCGCUGCCUCUCAGUCAGGGGAUGGACGUGUACGAGAUGGAGAUCACCUUGCGAGUGAAGGAGUCCGAGGUUCAGUGUCUGAAGCAGGAGAUCACAUCCCUGAGGGACGACCUGCAGGCGGCUCAGAGGGACAAGAGGAGCGCAGCGAAGAAGUGCAAAGACGUGUACGCGGAGCUGAGCAUCACCAGGGCCAAGGCCGAGCGAGAGAUGGACGCGCUGAGGGAAAACCUGCGGCUGGCUCAUCGCGCUCUGGACCACGACACGCCCUGAACAACGUCAGCACCAACACUACAUUUCACUGUAACGUGGACACUUCACCCACUACAAAGUAUGUUUAGCAAACCCUGGAGCCCUUGUACACAAUCGCAUUUCACCUCCUUUUCACGUGCGGUUUUAGAGAUGUUCAUGUCGUCUUUCUGUUGGUCACACGUUUAGAUCACUUUCUUACAUUUUGACCCUGACUGUGAUAACAAUUAUUUUCACUUCAAGUUAUUUUUGAUGUAUGUGUUUUCCCAAAAUGAUCUUAAUGUUGCGUGUCAUGUAUAUAUUUUAUAUGUACAGUCAUUUUGUUAUUGUAACACUUCAAUCCGACGUAUGUGUUUCGCUCUCUAACCUCUGCUGUAUGUGUCGUCAUUAAACUGGUUAUUUUUUUUAUCAAUUAAAUAAAUUAAACUCUUGCAGGUACAUUUACUUGUAAUUUAUAUUUGUAAACUGCAGUAUUAAAAGUACUUUUUAUUAAUUAAACCACGUUGGGAGAUUUAACCUACACUGACUGUCAUUUUGCGUUUUUUUCAGCGUGGACAAUUAGGGGCACAUCGUUUUAUUUUGUUAACGAACUUUGUAUAAGAAAAAUAAAGAAACCUGUCAAUCUAUGUUACAUUGAUGUAUUCCGGCUCCCUUUCACAGUAUUCAACACUCUUUCAGGAGAAAGAAGAGUCAAGUCAUCAUGAAAAAUAAAGAUAAGCACUGAAGCA